AACGCACCGGGUGGCUUCUUCCUGAGGACGUACGUUUUGGAAGGUGUCUGGAUGAGGAAAGUGGGAUUGGACUGCCCAGCACUGUACAGACGAUGAGCCUGUUAGCUUAACAAAGUUAUCGACUUUUGACCCAGACAUAAACUUACCUGUACUGUCUGACAGCGAGCCUGUCAUCGUUUGACACCAACGACUGGGCGGAAAGUUGGUUGUUUAUUCGUGCGAGCCCCCAUGGCGACGGUCGAGGAACUGAAACUCCGCGUUAGGGAGUUGGAGAACGAAUUGAUCAAGUGCAAGCAGAAGCAGUGCGCCGGCGAGCAGACGCAGCGACCCAAAAUUGACAAGAUGAGCGCAGAAGUUGUUGAUUCCAACCCUUAUAGUCGUCUGAUGGCUCUAAAGAGAAUGGGCAUCGUGGAUAAUUACGAGAGCAUCCGGACGUUCGCGGUCGCCGUGGUGGGCGUCGGGGGAGUGGGCAGCGUGACGGCCGAAAUGCUCACGAGGUGUGGCAUCGGUAAGCUGUUGCUGUUCGACUACGACAAGGUGGAGCUGGCCAACAUGAACCGACUCUUCUUCCAGCCUCACCAGGCCGGCCUCAGCAAGGUGGAGGCUGCGGAACACACGCUCAGAAACAUCAACCCAGACGUGUCCUUCGAGACGCACAACUACAACAUCACCACGCUGGACAACUUCAACCACUUCAUGGAGCGACUCAGUCUCGGCGGCCUGGGGGACGGCAAGCCGGUGGAUUUGGUCCUGAGCUGCGUGGACAACUUUGAGGCCCGCAUGGCCAUCAAUACAGCUUGCAACGAGCUGGGACAGACCUGGAUGGAGUCCGGAGUCAGCGAGAACGCCGUGUCGGGACACAUACAACUCAUCAACCCAGGAGAGACCGCGUGCUUUGCUUGUGCCCCUCCCCUGGUGGUGGCGGCCAACAUCGACGAGAAAACCCUCAAGAGGGAGGGGGUGUGCGCCGCCAGCUUGCCCACAACGAUGGGCGUCGUCGCUGGCAUCCUGGUCCAAAAUGUCCUCAAGUAUUUGUUGAAAUUCGGACAGGUCAGUUAUUACCUGGGCUACAACGCCAUGCAGGACUUCUUCCCCAGCAUGGCCAUGAAGCCCAACCCGCAGUGCAACGAUCGCCACUGCAGGAGACAGCAGGAAUUGUACAAGAAACGGGAAGAGGAGCGGCCCAGGGCGGAGGUGGUUCAGGAAGAGGCGGAGGUGGUGCACGAAGACAACGAAUGGGGGAUCGAGCUGGUGUCGGAGGAAGCCAACGAGGAGACGCAGGCCACGGCCGCCGCGGUUCCCGACCUCCCCCAAGGCAUCACCGUGGCGUACACUCUCCCCGCAGCGCAGAACAAAGGCGACGGGGAGGUGGUGGAAGAAACCGAGCAGAGCCUGGAGGACCUGAUGGCCCAGAUGAGAAAGUUGUAGGCAGCACGGCGGGCAAACGAAAAGCAAAUCCUGCAAUUAUAAUGGCAAACGUUCAAUGGCAUUCCAUAACUGACCAUCAAUAAAGACAAAAAAAAAGGAGGAGAAAGCAUGAGGAAAAAAAAAAAAAGCUCACAAUGCUUCAAUAAUGUUGUCUCAAUGAUGUAUUUAUUAGCUUGAAUACAUGUGGAAUAUUGAAUGUCACCCCCCCACAACACAUUGUACUA